AAGAACUCGAAAGUUAAAAAAAAGCGAACUAAAAGAAAACCUAAACCUCUCUUUCUCUUUCUAGAAGUUUUUCUCUCUCUCUAGAGUGCGAUCCACCACUCGAGAAAUUUCUCUCAAUCGCUUCCUCGGAAUCGUUGAGUGCUCGUCAGUGUCCAUGGUUUUGGAGUUGUUCCUGCUGUUGGAGCUGAGGAUCUGAAGCAUUUCUAGGGGUUAAGUUCAGUUUGGUGCUUGGGCUUAGGGUUCUGGAGUUGGUUUCCGUUGAGCUGAGAUCUGGAGUGUUCUUGCUGUUUGCGUUGUGGAUUUCGUGCGAAGUUUGUGGUUUUGAGGUUGUUUUUGGGAGGAGUUUGAAGUUUUGAGCUCUUGUGAAGCUUCUUUAAGUGGUGGUGUUCCUAUUGAGGUUUUGCUGCAAAAUGGAGAUUUCGAGCCCUAAAUUUAGGCCUUCAUGUCGGUGUUAGCGUGGUCUUUUGGCAAACCUCAAGUUGGAGACAAUUAGACGAGGCAUAAAUUUGACAUUUUGAUGGGUUGGUCUUUCGGUGGAUAAGAUUUGGCGAAGUUAUGUUAGCAUUCCUGGGGAGAGAAGGGAAAGGACGGUUCUUCGUCACAUGAAGUGUCUGCUUUCCGAGUUUCCACUUUGCUAGUUGAAGAAAAAGGUUUUCUGGUUAUCUUGUAGUUGGAGAAACAUUUCCUUUCUUCUAGUUCGCGCCGAUGAGGCUUUCAUCAUCGAGCCCUUCCCAUCAAGGCCAGGAAGGCGAGCAGAAGUCUUUGAAUUCAGAGCUAUGGCACGCAUGUGCUGGACCACUUGUGUCAUUGCCUGCUGUUGGCAGUCGGGUGGUAUAUUUCCCACAGGGCCAUAGUGAACAGGUAGCUGCAUCAACCAACAAAGAAAUAGAUUCUCAUAUCCCUAAUUACCCAAGCCUGCCUCCUCAGCUGAUCUGUCAGCUCCAUAAUGUAACUAUGCAUGCAGAUGUUGAGACAGAUGAAGUUUAUGCUCAGAUGACAUUGCAACCACUUAGCCCGCAAGAGCAGAAGGAUCCCUUUCUACCAGCCGAGUUGGGUACUCCCAGCAAGCAGCCUACCAAUUACUUUUGCAAGACGCUUACUGCUAGUGAUACCAGUACACAUGGUGGAUUCUCUGUUCCCCGUCGAGCUGCAGAGAAAGUCUUCCCUCCAUUGGAUUUUUCUCAGCAACCUCCUGCACAAGAGUUAAUUGCAAGGGACCUCCAUGGUAAUGAUUGGAAAUUUCGCCACAUAUUUCGUGGUCAGCCAAAGAGACAUCUCCUUACAACUGGAUGGAGUGUGUUUGUCAGUGCAAAGAGACUUGUUGCAGGGGACUCCGUCCUUUUUAUCUGGAAUGAAAAUAAUCAAUUGCUUUUGGGUAUCCGACGAGCUAACCGGCCGCAGACAGUUAUGCCUUCAUCGGUACUAUCCAGUGAUAGUAUGCACAUAGGUCUCUUAGCUGCAGCAGCUCAUGCAGCUGCUACGAAUAGCCGAUUUACCAUAUUUUAUAAUCCAAGGGCAAGCCCAUCUGAAUUCGUCAUACCAUUGGCUAAAUAUGCAAAAGCGGUUUACCACACCCGUGUAUCUGUAGGUAUGCGCUUCCGGAUGCUUUUUGAGACAGAAGAGUCUAGUGUUCGAAGAUACAUGGGCACGAUUACUGGGAUAAGUGAUCUUGAUCCUGUCCGCUGGCCAAAUUCACAUUGGCGUUCAGUUAAAGUUGGUUGGGAUGAGUCAACUGCAGGUGAGAGGCAACCACGGGUGUCCCUAUGGGAGAUUGAGCCUCUGACCACAUUCCCAAUGUAUCCAUCUCCUUUUCCUCUUAGACUUAAGCGGCCCUGGCCAUCCGGUCUGCCAUCUCUGCAUGGUAUGAGAGAUGAAGAUAUUGCCAUGAAUCCUUCUCUUAUGUGGCUUCGAGAUGGUGGAGACCGUGGGUUUCAAUCUUUGAAUUUUCAGGGAAUUGGAGCAUCUCCUUGGAUGCAACCGCGGUUAGACACUUCGUUUCUUGGGUUGCAACCUGACAUGUACCAAGCAAUGGCUGCAGCUGCACUACAAGAUAUGAGGACUAUUGACCCAUCAAAGCAGGCAAAUCCUGCAAUUCUGCAAUUUCAGCAACCGCAAAACAUGACCUCCAGCUCUGUACUUCCUAGUCAGGUUUUACAACAAAUUCAGCCUCAGUCGCAACAGACUCUACUACAAAUCAUACAAGGAAGUCAGGUUCAGAACCAGGCUCAGCCUCAAUUCCUUCAACAUCAGUUGCAGCAUUGCAACUCAUUCACCAAUCAGCAGCACCAGCCAACAUCCCCACUGCCUCAAAAGCAGCAUCAGCAAGUGCAACAUCAGCAUCAGCAAAUACAGCAGCAGCAACAUGCACAGCAGCAACAGCAGCAUACACAGCAACAGAAGCAUGUGGGUGAUGCUCAGCAAAAUCCCAAUGUAUUAUCCAGCAUCUCGCAGCUUAUUGCUGCUUCACAACCUCAGCCACCCACCUUACAAGCAAUUUCCCCAUUCACCCAGCACCAAAAUUUUCCAGAUUCCAAUUGCAACCCUGUGCCAGCAAGUGGUGUCUCUCCUCUGCACAGUAUUUUCCAGUCCUUAUCUUCAGAAGAAAGUUCAAACCUACUCAAUUUGCCACGAACUAACCCACUGGUUGCUUCUGGCAUCUGGCCAUCCAAGAGGGUUGCUGUUGAGUCCACAAUCCCUUCUGGAGCUCAGCUGGAGCAAUUGGGGAAUCUGCAGUCAAAUGUUCCACAGAACUCUGUCGCACUGCCAUCAUUUCCAGGGAGAGAAUGCUCGGUAGAACAAGAAGGUAGCAUAGAUCCCCAAAGCCAUCUAUUGUUUGGUGUCAAUAUAGACUCUUCCCUCCUAAUGCAGAAUGGAAUGCCAGGCCUCAGGAGUGUGGGCAAUGAGAGCGAGUCCUCGGUCAUGCCAUAUGCUGCUGCUAACUUCUUGAGCCCCACCGACAGUGAUUUCCCAUUGAAUCAGACACUGACAGGUUCCAAUUGCUUCGAUGAAUCAACACUUCUGCAGAAUUCAGACAACAAUGGUGGCCAAGUAAAUCCACAAAAUGGUACCUUUGUCAAGGUCUAUAAGUCAGGGUCCUUUGGAAGGUCUUUGGAUAUCACCAGAUUCAGUAGCUAUGCCGAGCUGCGUAGCGAGCUUGCACGAUUGUUUGGCCUUGAAGGCCAGUUGGAGGACCCUCUGAGAUCAGGCUGGCAGCUUGUAUUUGUCGACCGGGAGAACGAUGUUCUUCUCCUGGGCGAUGACCCCUGGCAGGAGUUUGUGAACAAUGUAUGGUGCAUAAAAAUACUUUCACCUCAAGAAGUGCAGCAGAUGGGCAAACAAGGUGUUGAUCUCCUAAACUCUGUUCCACUUAAAAGGCUCUCAAGCAAUAGCUGUGACGACUACCGCCAGGAUUCUAGGAGUUUGAACACUGGUAUCACCUCCGUGGGGACUCUUGACUACUGAAGAAGUUCCAAGAUAUCUGAAGCAGUGACCAAAACCACAACCACAUACCCCUUCUGUAACACCUCAUUCCUAUUUCAAGUUUUGCUGCAUUCCAACCUCUAGAAGUGAACAGCACAGUGCCUGUGCACCAGUUAAGUCUUUUAAGUCAUGUAUGUUGUUUAAUUACUAUCGUAUUUAUACACUACACUUGACCUCUCUGUCUUUAUAUAUAUAUAUAUAUAUAUAUACGCUGCCUUGUAUCAUUAGAAAACCAAUUCUGUUGUUAUUCUAGUUUCAUUAUAACAAGGUGCAUGUUUACAAUUA